CAGAAUAUUUUAAAGCAGUUUUUGAAAAUUAUAUUUGUAUUAAUCUUAAUAAACGUUAACUUUAUGGAUUGAAUAAUCUAUCCUACAAAAAUAUGAGUAAUUUUAUAAGAACUGUAAUAUUUAAAAAGGUUAUAAAACCACUACAUAUAGACAAUGUAUGUCAUCAUAAAAUUAUGUCUAAUUUGUAUAUCACAUUUAGAAAGGAGAUUGAUACAUAUACUUUUGUACUUCCUUUAAAAUCAAAACAUUAUGAUUUGACAAAUAAAAUUAAAAACAUAAAUGAUUUAAGGAGUAAUUUUGAUAAUGUUGCAAUUAAAAAUAACAUCAUGUAUUUUAAUGUGUUAAGAGAUAACUAUAUAAAACAGAUUUUAGAAAAUAAUCUGUUUGGUGUUAGACCACCACUUAUAAAUAAUAAUAAGAAUAUUAUAGUGGAAUUUAGUUCACCAAAUAUUGCUAAACCUUUUCAUAUAGGACAUCUCCGUUCUACUAUUAUAGGAAAUUGUAUUGCUAAUCUAAAUAGUUUUUUACAAAAUCAAGUUACAAAGAUAAAUUAUUUAGGUGAUUGGGGUACACAGUUUGGUUACAUUUAUAUAGGAAUGAAAAUGAAAAAUAUUGAUAAUAUAGAAAUGCAUACAGAUUCCAUUAAAACAUUGUAUACAUCUUAUGUUGAUGCUAAUAAAUUAGCUGAAAGUAAUCCAAACAUACAUGAACAUGCUAAAGAAAUAUUUCGGCAAUUAGAAUUUGAAGAUAAUGAAGUUUACAAGAAUUGGGAAAAAAUUAAGCAAUUCACUGUCGUGGAAUUGGAAAAAACUUACAAAAGAUUAAGUGUAAUAUUUGAUCAAUAUGAGUGGGAAUCCAUGUAUACUGCUAAAAAAGUAAAUAAAAUAAUUAACAAAAUGGAAGAAAUGCAGUUAUUAAAAUUAGAUAAUAACAAUAGGAAAGUAAUAGCUGUGAGUGAAGAAAAAAAUGUUCCAAUAAUGAAAAGUGAUGGUACAAGUCUGUAUAUAAGUCGAGAUAUUGCUGCUGCUAUUGAUAGAUUUGAAAGACACAAAUUUGAUGCUAUGUAUUAUAUUGUAGAAAAUGGUCAAACUGAUCAUUUUAAUAAUUUAAUUCAAAUUUUACAUAAAUUGAAUUUAUCUUGGGCAGAUAGAUUAAAACAUGUUAAAUUUGGAAGAGUACAUGGUAUGAGCACAAGAAAAGGUACAGCAGUAUUUUUGGAAGAUAUUUUGAAUAAAGCAAAAGAAAUUAUGAAAGAAAGACAAUUAGAAGCAAAGACAACUAAAAUUCCAUUAGAUAAAUUAGAUGAAUCAUCUGAUGUUUUGGGUGUUUCUGGUGUAAUUAUUCAAGAUUUAAAACAAAAUAGAAUGAACAAUUACAAGUUUGAUUGGGAUUUAAUGCUUAAUAUGAAAGGUGAUUCUGGGAUAAAAUUACAAUAUGCACAUUGUCGUUUAUGCAGUUUGGAAGAAUUAUCUGAUGCUACAUUAGUAACAGAAUGUGAUUCAGCUCUUUUAAAAGAACCAGAAGUUGAUCAGUUAAUUUUAUUAAUUAGCCAAUUUGAUGAAGUUGUGCUUAAAUCUUAUGAAGAACUAGAACCAUGUAUAUUAACAAUUUAUCUUUUUCGUUUAUGUAAAGCUAUCAAUAUGGCCUGGCAUAAAUUGACUAUAAAAAAUGAACCAAAGGAUUUAGGGAACCAAAGACUACUAUUAUUUCAUACAGCAAAAAUUAUUCUUGCUCAAGGUAUGAAAUUACUUGGUUUAACACCUCUUGAAAAAAUGUAAGAAAAAAAAAAGAAAUUUUAUACUAAAUAAAAAUGUAAUAUGUUAUAAUAAUAUUUAAAUAUCAUGUAUACGUGUGAGUACAUUAUAU